UCCGGUCGUCCUCUCGGCGUGGCUGCACUCUCCGGCCCGCGCUAAUUGGAGACUUGUCUGUGAGGUCAAUAUUACAUGGUAUGAAAAGUGGGAUGCAAAGGAAGUGACCACCAAGAAACAAUGAGUCCCCAGAAGUGAGCAGGGUACCUGUACCUGAGCGCUUUGUGUCCUGCAAGUCACUGUGACUUUCUGUUUGAUUUUUACUACCCCUGGAUGCCACUCCUGAUAUGGAGAAGAUUGAGGAACAAUUUGCUAAUCUGAACAUUGUUAAACGUUCUUCGGGAACUAAAGAACCUACUUAUCUGCUUGGCAUAGACACAUCAAAGACUGUAAAAGCAGGGAAAGGAAGCUUGGUUGCUGUUUUAUGUUCUAAUGGAUCAAUCCGAAUAUAUGAUAAAGAAAGGUUAAAUAUUCUACGAGAAUUUAGUGGACGUCCUGGACUUCUUAAUGGGGUCAGAUUUGCAAAUUCUUGUGACAGUGUAUAUUCAUCAUGUACUGAUGGCACUGUAAAAUGUUGGGAUGCUCGAUUAGCCAGUGAAAAACCUGUCCAGCUGUUCAAGGGUUACCCAUCCAAUAUUUUUAUCAGUUUUGAUAUAAACUCUAAUGAUCAUGUCAUUUGUGCUGGUACAGAAAAAGUUGGUGAUGACGCAUUGUUGAUAUUUUGGGAUGCAAGAAUUAAUUCUCAGAAUUUGUCUACUACUAGAGACCCACUUGGUGCAUAUUCAGAGACACAUAGUGAUGAUAUCACGCAAGUAUGUUUCCAUCCCAGCAACCCUAAUAUGGUAGUGUCAGGUUCUACUGAUGGCCUGGUAAAUGUAUUUGAUGUUAGUGCUGAGAAUGAAGACGAUGCACUAGUUACAACUUGUAACUCAGUUUCAUCAGUAAGCUAUAUUGGUUGGUCUGGGAAAGAUUAUAAACAGAUUUACUGCAUGACACAUGAUGAAGGAUUUUGUUGGUGGGAUCUUAAUCAUCUAGAUACUGAUGAACCUGUUACGUGUUUGAACAUUCAGAAUGUUAGAGAAGAAAUUGAUAUGAAAGAAGGUAUUUUGGAUUAUUUGAUUGGUGGCCUAUAUCAUGAAAAGAUGGACCAAUUGUUUGUUGUUGGAGGAACAAACACAGGGAAGAUUCACUUAAUGAGCUGUACUACAUCAGGGCUGAACCAUGUCACCAGCCUUCAGGGGGGGCAUGCUGCUACAGUCCGUUCUUUCUGUUGGAAUAUGCAGGAUGAUUCUUUGCUAACUGGAGGGGAAGAUGCACAAUUAUUACUUUGGAAACCUGAAACAAGAGAGAAAACAUCUACAAAGAAAGAAAGCAUGAAAAUUGCAUCGUCUGUAUAUCACCGAGUUCGAGUUCACAGUAAUGAUUCUUAUAAGAGAAAAAAAAAGCAGUAGUUCCAUUUGGAGUUUACUUGUCAGUCCACAUGACCUAUACCAUUCCAACUCCUAAUAUGUCAGCUGCCACUUUGCCUUUUUCCACCAUUACUCCAUUAGGUAAGACUUCCAUCAUUUCUUACCGAGAUUACAGACCCAAUUCAUUCUCUCCCUUCUUUUAGGCUAAACAUUGAAAAUACAAAUGGCAGUAAUGCCCCAUGCUGCUUAAAUAACUUUUGGUACAUUUUGAUCUUUCAAUGAAGCACUGUGUAAAAUGAAAAGUUAUAUUUUUGAGAUAUUAAGAUAUGAGACAAUGCUGUGUUGUAAGUGGGAAAAGCUGGUAAAGUCUUUUGGAAGCAAUGUAUUUAUAAACAGGUAUGAAAUGGGAGUUAUCAAAAAACACAAAUUCAAAAAAUAUUUAGAGUUGCAAGAUGCUUGUAAGGAAAUGUCUCUGAAAGUAGAACUGAAUGAAGCAGAGAGAGAAAAUAAAAAUAAAAUAACUGCAGUCUAGAAAAUCCUCAAAUGAUUAAAUAGUUGCAAUUUAACCAACAAUUCUACUUCUAGGUAUAUGCUCAAGAGAAUUAAAACUUAUGUACACACCAAAUACUGUACAUGAAUACUCAUAACAGCAUUAUUCAUAAUAGCCAAAAGGUGGAAACAAUUCAAAUAUGAUGCACCCAUACAGUGGAAUAUUAUUUAGCCAUAAAAGUAAUGAAGUACUAAUACAUGCUACCACCUGGUUGAAUCUUGAAGACAUGCUAAGUAAAAAUAGCUCACCAUGUAUUCUAUGAUUUCAAAGAACAUUUAUUAAUGGUUGCUAGGGCUGGAGUGCAUGCGGAAAUUGGGAGGGUUGACGGAUGAUAGCUAAAGGGUAUGAGAUUUCUUUUUAGGAUGAUGUAGGGUGAAGUAUUUAAAAAUUGUUACUAUGGUUGCAAAACUUACUAUAUUAAAAACAAUUAAAUUGCAUACUUUGAGUAGAUGAAUUGCGUUGUAUUUUAUAUCUGAAUAAAGCUAUUACCAAAUAUAUGUAUGUACAUAUAUCAGAGAAAUAUUUAACUAAAAGUCAGGGUAGCAAUCUUUUUUUUUUUAAAGAUUUUUUUAUGCAUGCAAGAGCUGGGGUACAGGCUAGAGAUGCGGGGGGUGAGAGGAUUCACCAGAGACAGAGUGGGGAACAGAACCAGGCAGAUUGACUGAAGUACACUGCUGAGGGGAGCAGCGGGCAAGACAGGAGAGGUCUGCCUCACCAUGUGGGUUGCUUCCUGGCCAGCCGGGGAUCGAACUUGUACUGCAGAGGUUGCGGAUUGCUUCAUAGUGUAGUGCUUAACCCCUUGCGCCACCAGGUAGGCCCACGCAAUCUUAAUAGUUGAUAAAAUGGGAUGUAAAGCUAAUGAAUGUAAUGUCAAUGAACAUUUUUUAACUCCAGAGGGUAAAACAAUGGUAUAAGAAAAGAAAUGCAGUCAAUACACUAACUGACUCAGUAGUGAAUAACAUUUAUAUAAUCAUAAUAAUGUAAGCACAGGAUAGAUCUAGUUAAACAUUGUAAACUAUAUAGGAAGAAGGAAAGUAGAAGGGUGUGCCUAUGCUUAGUUUUGAUUUUUCAUUGUAGAAAGUCAGCAUUCUAUUGAUAAGAAAAUAGCAGUACAAGCAUAUUAUUUAGAAGCAUGUAAGUAAAUCAUCUGCCACAACAAUUAAAAAUGUGAAAGUGAUUUCCUCUGGAGAAGAGAAAAAGAAGGAAUAGGAGACUAUUAUAUUUGUUCUUAAAUUGUUAUGUGUAUUCCUUGUAGUAGACUAUCAGGAUACUGCUGGUCACAAAUAACAGACAGUCCAAUAGAACCAAGUAAGGAACAUAUCUCACAUAGGUUCAAAAGUAGAGCAUUUUCAGGGUUGGUUGUUAGCAAGGAGUCAGUUGCUUUCUUCCAGUCUUUUGCUUGUCAGCUUCAACAUCACAGGAUGACUACAGGAAGCUAAUGACAUCCAUACUUGACAACAUCCAGUGAAACAAGGACUGUUUUCUUUGCAACUGAUUCUCUAUUAAGGAUCAUACACACUUUCUCAGAAGAUUGUAGCAAGUGUCAUUGGCUAGAAAUUCAUUAUGUGCCCAUAUCUAAAAUAGUCACUAGCAAAACAAACAGUCAGCACUGAUUGACUCAAUCAUGAUAACAUGCUCCCCUGAAGCCCCUGGGUUCAGAGAAGGAUACAAAAAGUAGGGUGGACUUCAUGAAUAGUUGUUGGGAAGAUGACAAACAAUGUCUUUAACAUGUGCUACCUGACUUUUCAAUUAUGUGUUUUACUUUAAAAUAUUUUUUUGGGCCUCCCCAGUGGCACAGUGGUUGAGUGCUGGGUUGUGAAGCUGCCCGCAGCCUCUGCAGCGCCGGUUCAAUCCCCAGCCGCAGGGCAAGGGUCCCACAUGGCACGCAGACCUCUCAUUGCUCGCUGCUCCCCUCAGCUGUGUGCUUCCUCAGUCUGCCUGCUCUGACUCUGGUGAAUUCUCUCACCCUCCCGCGCUUCUGAC